AUCGUCUUUUACUCCUCAUCAACUUCUCAGCGAAGCUUGAACUCGUCGACAACUGGUCUUAUACCGAGCAUCCUUUCAAGGUUGUCCUCAAUUUCUUUCGGGCAGAAAGCGGGGGGAUCGUGGAACCACGCGAUUACGUUCCAGGAAUUGACCAGGUCUACUCAAAACUCUGAAGCUGACGGUGACUGAUACUUCCCUCAUAGUACAGUCAUUCUGCACUGCGAUUAACGACUAACCUCAGCAAAUCUCCCAAGUCUUUCGCUCAGAGAGAAGGUCGGGUUUGUGACCAUGGCGUCCCUCAAUCUAUCGGCCAAUGGCGCCUCGAUAUCAAAGAGCUAUAUGUCGGUAGUCGAAUCUUCUAUUUCGGAAAGCGCGAACGGUUCUCCAACUGUUGCAAAGUGGGCGAUCUUCUCGGUUUCAACGCCCCUUAUGAGCGCGUUUCAACAAGAUGCUGGCAAUAAAGAAAGUGUCCUUAAAGUUCAGGAUUCAGGAGAGGGCGAGUUGGCUGAUCUUAUUGAGGAGUUUUCGGAGGGGAAGAUCCAGUUCGCUUUUGUGAAGGUAAAGGAUGUGAAUACUGGGCUUCCUAAAAGCGUCCUCAUUGCGUGGUGUGGGGAAGGAGUUCCUGAACGAACCAAGGGCUAUUUUACUAGCCACUUGUCCACUGUGUCGAAAUUCUUACAUGGCUACCACGUUCAAAUAACAGCUCGUUCAGAUGCGGACUUGACAGUAGAGGGCGUCAUGCAGAAAGUUGGCGACUCGUCAGGCGCAAAAUACAACCCGGGACCCGAGCAAUCGACCACUUCUGCACCUAAGCCCCCCAUAUCCAGCAAGCCGGUUUUUACUCCUCUUCGCACCGGGGGGAUCAGUGCGGGCUCGACCGGUGUCGCCCCAUUACCUAUACGGGUGAAAUCGAGUGAUGACGAUGGAUGGGGUCCUGAUGCCCCUCCGAUCACUAGAACAAAUUUAGAAAAAGUUCAGCCGGCUUACCAACCUACCCGGGUGAACAUACAAGAACUCAAGUCGGGGAAACAGACUGACCUAACUGUGAACUCUAGCGGCAUAAAUCCCGAAGAAGAAGAUGUUGUCAAAGGCGGGUAUCAACCCAUCGGCAAAGUAGAUAUUGCUGCUAUCAGGAGACAGGCACAUGAGGCUGGUAACUUAAAGGAUGAUCGACCGGAGCCUGUAAAGGGCGCUUAUGAACCAGUGGGAAAGGUUGAUAUUGCUGCGAUCCGUGCUAAGGCGCAAAAAGCAGAUGAGACUGUGACAAAACCGAAGGAAUCCCCUGUUCCAUUUGAGCGGCCACCCAUUUCCGCCACGGAGUCAGAUAUCAACCAAUCAAGCCGUCUCACAUCAUUGCCCAAGCCCAAGGUUUCCAACAGGUUUGGUGGCGGCCCGGCAUUUACAGGCACGAAGCCGCCUCUUCCCACCACUGAUAACGCAACAAGUGUGGCACCUGCUGCCCCUGUAGGAAGCGCUAAUCGAGCCUUUGCCGACCAAGGAGGCAAGACACCUGCACAACUCUGGGCGGAAAGGAAGGCUAAAGAACGCGGCCAGGAUUCUGGUGCUGCUACUACGCCAUCUAACGGCCCGGUUUCCGCCGUUGCAACCCAAAAUAGCGGAGGGGACUGGAAGAGCUCUUAUAGUGGGAAAACAUGGGCCCCCGUCCAGACAGCACACACUGGAAAGUCUGUUGAAAGCACUCCCCAUGACGCCACAAGCGGUGGUGCUACAGUGGAAAGCUCAACAUCUGAGUCUAUAGCACCCCGACAAGGUGUUAAUGCUAUCCGAGACCAGCUCACGCAAGGGGCAUCAAAGCAAAUCUCUAACUCUGCCGAUCCUGUGCGAUCUGUUUCUCCCUCAGUGCAUAGUCCGGAAUUUGAAGCGCCACAGGCUCCUGGGAUUUCCGCCCCUCAGUCCCAACCCCUCCAAUCACCGGCGCUGGAUUACUUUGAAGGUGAGGAUUCACCAAUCCAGGUUGCCAUGCCUGUCGCGAGAAGUGCUAGAGAUGAUACCGAAGAACAUUAUCCACCUUCGGUAGCCGAACAUACGAAGGAUCUAGAGCGAGAGCCUUCGGGUGACCAGGACCAGCCCCGUGGUGUUCAAGAUACAAGUAUUGUCGUACCUGCUAGUGACGCCGGUUCUGGACCCAUACGGGCUCUUGUGCAUUACGACUAUGAAAAGGCGGAGGAUAACGAGGUGGAUUUGAAAGAAGGCGAAUACGUCAAUGAAAUUGAAAUGGUAGACAAGGAUUGGUGGUUGGGUCUAAAUGCUCGAGGCGAAAAGGGGCUCUUCCCAAGCAAUUAUGUUGAAAUCAUCGAGGAUGAGCAUCAGGACCGCGCCCCAUCUGAAACGCAGCCUGGGUCCAACGCCUUUUCGCCUGAGACUGUUACCGGUUCCACAGUGUCCCCAGGUUCACGCGCCAAACCUACCGCAAAGGCUCUUUACGAUUAUGAGGCCGCUGAAGAUAAUGAACUCAGUUUCCCCGAGGACGCUGAAAUCACAAACAUUGAAUUCCCCGAUGAUGAUUGGUGGCUAGGUGAAUACCGUGGUAAGACCGGUCUUUUCCCAGCGAACUACGUUCAGCUUGAUGGCUAGGGAAGCAUCUUUUUCUUUUGCCGGAACUUCUGGAAAUGCUCUGUUAAAAUGUCUGUAGACUUCAGACGCCGCUCUGAAGUGAGAACCAUCACCUUGUGUCAGGACUCGUAUGACUUUUUUUUUCACAUCAAACUUCUACACUAGUACAUAAGCACUCGAAUAUAACUACAUUAUUUUGUUAUCCAUCGGUGAAGUUGUCCGAUGAGACCUUCCGGUCGACAAAACCAAUAAUUAU